AUGAAAUCAUUAAGAAGUUUAAAUUGGUAAAAAAAAACUACAGGAUGAAUACAUUUUUUCUAAUAUACGCAUGUAUGACGACAAGCGACGUCAGAGAAGAACGCGCUCUGUGAUUGGCUGAACUACUUCCUGUUUCCCGUCGUUCGUCCAUACGCACACGUGAAGGUCAGAAACCCAGUCGCGCGGUGUCCAUAAGUGGGACAAACCUCAUUUUAUCAGAACAUGGACGGACAGGGGGCGACCGCCGACCCUCGGCUCCAGCAGUUCAUCGAAGUCGAGUCUCAGAAGCAGAGAUUUCAGCAGCUGGUGCAUCAAAUGACUGAGGUUUGCUGGGAGAAAUGCAUUGACAAACCCGGGCCGAAGAUGGACUCGAGGAGCGAAAUGUGCUUAGUCAACUGCGUGGAGCGAUUUAUUGACACAAGCCAGUUCAUCCUGAACAGACUGGAACAGACCCAGAGGAGCCGGGGCUCGAUCUCUGAGACCAUGUCAGACUAAAAACUUCUGUCAGUUGACAGACAAGACGAGAUUCAAGGCCACAGCUCUAUGACAAGGCCGGUUGCCCCUGACACCGCUGUCUGAAUGUUGCAGAACUGUCCAAUCGUCUGCAAGAAGGAAUAAGAUGACGUGUUACUUUUGACACAAAGUGCCUGUGAUUAACAUUCUGUAUUCAAAGGGGUAGGACUUUAUUUGUCCUCCACUCAGUUGUUGCAACAUGCUCAUAUUGCGGUCUGUUGCUAACAGUGACCGUACGUUGAUUUUGUCAAGUCAUCAAAUUCAAGCUAUUGCAUUGGUCAGGGUGAGAAACUGAGCUUGAAUGUGUUGUCAGCCACUGCUGUAACGAGUGGGACUGCAGAGAGAUGGACGCAUCUGAGACAUUCAACGUGCCAACUGUUUUUGACAGCUACAAGGACUCAACCUCAAACACACUGCUGUUAUUUAAGAGCUAAUUAUGUCUUGAACGAAGAAUCUUGAUCGACACCUUAAAGGUUCUGGACUGUACAUAUGCAAUAAACAAAAUGCCAAAUA